GACAUUGUCCGCCACUAUAGACCUCAACUUCUGCCCAUCGCCCAUGACCACCACAGCCGCGGGAUUAUAUAGAAGGGGCUGGAUGGCAGUGUCUUGGGAGAAAUGACGAAAGAACCGGAAAAUGGCGAAGGUCGAGGUUUCCGCUGCGGUGACGCUAAGCGGUGAUCGAUCCCUCCUCCACCGCGGGUCCAACACAAUCCAGAUCGGAUGCAAGAACCGCCCCUCAAGCUGGUUGUCUGGGGAGGACACGUUGAAUACUUGCACGUUCCAGAAUCAUUGAUCUGGAACUACAUACUGUACUGAUACCACGUCGCCUUACCAUUGCUUGUGUGCCAUCUAUCCAGACGCCGCAUCAUCGUCGGCAGCAUGCUCAUGCUCACUCUUUACUAACACACACACACACACACACACACACACACACCAAAGCUACCCAUUCACAAGACACCUCCCACAAUGUACAAUCUACUCAUCCAACAGCUCCUCCUCUCCCUCCUCCUCUUCCCUCACAGCGCUCUCUCCGACCGACCCCCAGGCAAAGACGCCAUUCUCCUCUCGCGCGUCCGGUCACUCACCCUCCGCGGAAACCGUCUCACCACCUCCAGACGAGUAUCUCCAAUUCAGCAGCUAAAAUGCACCGGCCCAUCCAAGCGCAUCUGCAAUAUGUACGAGAUCGAUACAAUGCGAUGCACAAACGAAGGCUACGACUACGAUGAAGAAGACGUUCAAUGGACCUGCACUGCGUCGCUCCCACAGGAAUUCAAGCUCGGAGCUACAGACGUAAUAUGUGAAGGAUACCGGAAUGCCGACGACAAGUGGAUAUUGAAAGGAAGCUGUGGAGUCGAGUAUCGCCUACUGCUGACGGAAGCGGGAGAGGAGAAGUUCGGACACUUGCGCAAUGAGAGAUCGAGCUCUUCGAGUGAUGAGCUUGGCCCCGUAGGCAAAGUGAUCUUCUUUGGGUUUAUGAUCGCGGUUUUUGUGUUCAUUCUGGCAGCGUUCUUCAAUGAGUGUUGCGGGUCGGGGGCGAAUCGGCCUCAGAGACGACGCCGUGGUGGUGGUGGUGGUGGUGGUGGGGGAGGUGGUGGUGGCUAUGGGGAUGAUGGGCCUCCGCCUCCGUACUCAGCAUCGCCGCCCCCUUAUACUCCUUCUUCGGACCCUAGCGAGCGUUGGAGACCUGGGUUUUGGACGGGUGCCAUGAGUGGUGGGGCGGCUGGUUAUGCGCUGGGAAGAAGAAGCGCUGGGAAUCCGUCUAGUUCGUCAUCUAUUUGGACCCGGCCUUCCUCGUCCAGAAGAUAUGAUGACCCUGGGGAGGGUAGCUCAGGAUCGCGCACUCCGCAAUUCUCCAGCAGCACCUCAAGUACCGGAUUUGGCUCAACGCGCCGCAGGUAAUAGCUACAAGGACCAGAGACGUGAAACGACAGUCGAUACUUUGGGAAGUAUGCGCUAGCUAUAAGCCUUUGAUUCUUUUGAAAUUCUCGUUGUAAUGGCCG